AUGUACUGUAAUCUAAAAAGCCAUAAUUUCAAAGCAAAUAGCGAGAGCGUGAAUGAAUUGUGGCGUUUUUCGCAACAGGCCGCAUUUGAUUCAUUAGUAUAUGGUAUUUUAAUAAUAAAAUGCCGGCUUUUGGAAAUAUUAAAGGCUUGCAAAUUUGAAAUCAAGGGCUAUAUUAAACAUGUAUAAUUAAAAACGUCAGUGUUAGAAAAUAUUUACGCAUUUCACAUCAGGCCACAAUUUUAGAGGUGUUUUGGUGCCUGAAUGGUUUUUUUUCAUCGGUUUGCGACUGCUGCCGUCACUGCUGCCAACUCAUUCAACUCAUUUUGCGACCUUCGAAUUUCAGAAAACGUGAAUUGGGCCUCAAAACACGCUUCAUUUCUUUGCUAGAACAACUGUUAUAAAAUAAUUUGCUGUGAAAAUCCCACAACAUUUGCUAUGAUUUAAGUGUAAUAGUUUUUUUUAAUUCUGUGUCGAACUGUUGUUAUAAAAUAGGAGAACUGUGCGAAGGAAUAUAGAAAGGUCGCCUUUUUUUCAGCGGGAGUUCAAGGUUUUAACUUUCUUUCUAUUAAAUAAAUUUUUUGGUAAUCAUACGAUAGAUUUUCGUCAUUUUUAAAAUUAUUAAAAUCUCGAACUCUAAUAUAGCAAGAUCGGGGAGCUUUGAGCGUGCAUGAAUAUUGUCGCGUUUCGCAACCGGCCGCAUUAGAUUCAUUUUAUAUCAAUAAUAUUUUAAUAAAAUGCAGGUUUUUGGUAAUAUUAAAGAUUUAGAAUAAAAUCAAGAAUUAUAACAUGUAUAAUUAAAAACGUCCGUGUUAGAAAACAUUUGCGUAUUUCACAUAAGGCCACAAAUUUAGUGUUCUUUUGCUAGAUGAAUGUUUUUUUUUUUAUCAUUGGUUUGCUACGGCUGCCAACUCAUUCUAGAUUUUUGCGAGCUUCGAAUACUUUGAAAGCGUUCAGAAAACGUGAAUUGGGCCUCAAAACAUGCUUCAUUUCUCAGCUAGAACUACUAUUAUUGAAAAAUUUGCUUUGAAAAUCCCACAGCAUUUGCUACCAGUUACUUAGUCAACGCAAACAACUCAUUGUUAUAUUCCCGGAUCUCCGAGAUUUCCUUCGCAUCCUGACAGGCAAGGCUAAAAAUCUCCCGGACAGCAGCAUUUACCAUGCCAAAUAUGAAAAAAACAGUCUUUUGUAUUUGUUUUAAAAACAUAUUUGUUCGCUAUCAUGUACAUACAUUUCUAAAAGCACUUUUCUUUGUUUGUAGAAAAUGAAAUUGAUGGGGACGCGUUCCGCCUACUAGACAGGGAGUCUUUGAAGGCAAUGAUCACAAAACAGGGCUUGUUGCUAAAAUUUGAGCAGAAAUUUAAGGAACUAUCCAACAGUUUGGACACUGCAGUAACGAAUGACAGCACAGAACAUGUUGUUGUCAUUGAUGAUGUUAAAGAUUAUCCUGUUCCCGGUUUAUCAAGCAAACCUUCCCAGAAACCAUUAAGCGAUGAAAUUGUCAAGGAGCAGUCUAAAAUAUAUGGCAGAUUUAAACAAAUGCAAAGUUGA